AUGAAGAGGAAGAAGAAUUUCACAAUGAUGAAGAAAAUGCGAGUUCGUAUUCAUAGGGAUGAAGAGUUUAAGAAUUUUGAAACUUUUGAAGCAUCGAAGUCGGGAUGGAAUUCGAGUGAUAUUGAUGGUGUUCAUAAAUUCCAAACCAUCUCGUGUUAUCGUGAAAGGAUUCAUCCCCAUCCUAAGACUAUGAACGAAAUUGGUUGGCCGAUAAACCGACAAGCAUCAUCUGGGCAAAGAUGGGAAAUGGAAGAUAAACCAUGUCAUCAAAAAUCAUAA